AUGGAGUCCUCACCUAAAGGAAAAGGGAAGAUGAGAGCUAAUGUCACAGAGUUCUUCAUUGUCUGUGGUGGCAGCGACCCCGAAGAGGAUGUAUGGCAGUUCGCCGACUUCUUUGCUAUCCAACGUGAGUUCACGAACAACUUCGGCUUCAAAGGCACAGCAUGGAACAUGUUUCCGUACGAGGAAUAUUUUGCGAAAUACAGCACAGGAAAGCACAAAGACGAAGUUUGGUUUGGCCACGGGUCAACCGGUUUCAGAGUCGAUCCCACAUUCCGAUUCAGUAAAGGUGACAAGACUUCGUGGGAAGACUUUUCCAAGGACAAUGUUACCAACAUGGACAAGAAGAUACUGCAACACAUCAAUCAGCGAAAGCUCAAACCAGGCGAUCGGUUUAACUUCAUCUUCAUUGGACACGGUUGCCCCAAUGGCGAUUUCGAGGUUGGAAACCAGACACUGUCCCGUAAGGAUCUGGAGGAAUCCUUCGCGCGAUUCACUCUCGAUGUUCAGGUCAAUAUCAUCGUCGCGUCCUGCUGGUCCGGUCAGCUUGUGAACCAGAUGAGGAAGCUCGGAAGGAGACACCAGUACGUUCAGAGCUCGACGACAGCCGAUAAGCUGAGCUGGUCCUAUGGACGAAGAGUUCCCAGUGAUCCCUUACGAGGCUCACCCUUCAUUGCUUCAAUCGUCAAGUCCAUGGGAGAUUGGGAAGGAGCCAACGGAAAGGCUCCGAGAACCCUGGGUGAACACAUCGAGCACGUCCGUAAGCACGGCAUCUGGAUCCGGGAACCACACUCUAUUCCACAGGCAUACACCAACGUUGACCUGCAUGUGGCUGUGAUAACAACACUUUACUCUUCCUACGUUCGCCUGGAACCCAGCCUAGCCGGACCUAGCAAGCGCACUUUGGUUGUCAAUCCUGGAUAUCCAGCCCCUAGCUCAACCUUCGGACCACACUUCCAACAUGAUGCAGUACCAGCGGCUGCGAAAAAAGCUUACGAGAUCAUAAAGAAAGAGAUAGCCUUGGUGAAAUACAACUCAAACCCUGGACACCCCCGAGACAACGGGUUUGGGACUUUGAUGCAAGUUGCUAUUUCAAAUUCAAAGUCUAUGGAGGAACGGGUGCUCAAUAUACGCAUCAUGAUGGAUGCACUGAAGUGGCGUUUCCAGAUGCAAGAGCGAAUAAUCCAUGUCUGGCAGGAGCUCGAGAACUACGACAUCCUUUCUCCAGAGUGCAUCAUGAGGCGAAUGGAGCUAGAGAGGACCAUGUCAUCUCAGUCCGUCCGUGUCCUCUCCACUGCUCUUGAGUUCUUUGAAUACGCACAAGAUUUCGGCCGUGCAGGUCGUCGCAAAACCAAGGAGACCGAGUCGAUGAGAGGACAUUUCGGAGAGCCUCUGUAUUGGCUCGCAAUCUUGCUCAUGCGUGGCCGGACAGACAACAUACCGGGAGUCUUUGGCUGGUUGAAGUCGACUGGACUACUUGGUGGUAUAGCGGAAGACGCUCAAGUUCCCGUCAGCGACCUCGAGGGGAUUGGGAAUCAAGACCAGAGCCCAUACUUGUUGUGCCCAGAGAAAUCCGUGAAUGCCGACAUGAGCAACUGUCGCAUAGGCUUCAUCCUCCCACACGGUGAAGAGAUCAUGACCUGGGCAAGAAAGACGUCUUUGCGGUACGCAGCCCUCAGGAAUGCUUAUCUUGAGCUGAAUGGCCCAGGUACUUGGGACUUGGACAUGGGUUUCAUUGAAGAAUUGAAAGAACUGACUCAGUUCGUUCCUUCCGAGUAUGAGACUGUGCUGAAGAGUCAGGCAGAGGAGAUGCAGGACAUGAGUCUCAGAUAG